CCAGGUGCGUCAUCAUCGUCGUCCUCAGCCUCACAGCCCUUGAGUGGGAUACAGGUGUGUGAAUGGACAACUUAAGGGUACGAGACCCGCGAGAGCGCAUGGCAGGUGGAUCCAAUGUGACCGAGGCCUGCUUUUCUCUCUUCUCCCAGACUUCUUCACAAACACCCACAAGGAACAUCCCAUGGGCGCCCCCCAGCCGGACCCUGCUUCCUCAGCCCCCCAGGAGGGAAGCCGCCACGAGAAAUGCCUCCAGGACUUGGAGGGCAGCAGCAGCGGCACCCUCUCUGGCCCCAACCCGGCCUCCUCCGCUUCCUCCUCUUCAGGCCGCGGCUAUAAUGUGACGGCCCUGGCAAAUUCCUCCCUGGUGGGCCUCGUCCAGACCAUCAAGGACCACAUCACCAAGCCCACAGCCAUGGCCCAAGGCCGUGUGGCCCACCUCAUUGAGUGGAAAGGUUGGAGUGCCCCCCAGGUGGGACGGGCAGCCCCUCUGCCGGACGAGGAGCUCUACGCAGACCUGAGCGAUGAGCUCAAGGAGGCCCGCUUCGCUGCUGGGGUGGCCGAGCAGUUUGCCAUCACGGAAGCCACGUUGAGCGCCUGGUCCUCGCUGGACGAAGAGGAGCUGCAUUACUGGGGGGCCUCCCAGGACGCCCUCCGGAUCCCAGAGCUGGAGAACUUCUGCCUGCAGGAGCACCUCCUCCUCGGCCCACAGGCCCUGGGCAGCCCCCGCCUUGCUGGAAGUCUCCGGGCCUUUCCCCACUCCAGGCGGGAGUCCCUUGGCCCGAACGGACCAUUGGUGCCCAACUCCUGGAGGGACUUGGCGGCCACUGUUCGGGCGCCUGGACUGGAACCAGGUCUGCUGUCCUUGGAGGUGGGCCAGGAGAGUGCCCAGGGGCCCCUCUGGCUCCAGCGCAGCACCCCCUCACUCCGCUAUGUGGACAGCAGCUCCCUCUCAGAGGACGAUGUCUUCUACAACUAGGGGAGGGGGCUCAGGGCCAGGCGGGAGGGAGUUUUGCUGGCCAGUGAUGUGUUCUGGGAAAGGACAACCAGGAGGAGCUCCUUCAUGUUCAGCUGCGAGAACCUCCAUCCGCAUCCCAACAAGGAGGGAGGGACCCGCCUUUCUGAAGAGAAGGGAGGAGGCCUGCAACUCCUAGUGCUUCCUUUCCUUGCCAUCAACAACUCUUGACUUCCCAUGGCUCUUUUGGAGUAUGGUUCUCCGAACCCUCCAACCAGCAGUCAUGCUAUUGUGGGAUUCUGGGCCUUCUAAAGUGCAGUUGGCCCGCUCUGGAGAACCUGGUUGGCAAUGAUCAGGAGAUGGAUUCUUCCUUCAUAACAGCUCAGUAUGGUCUGCAAGUGGUGGAGAUGGAGGAGGAGGGUGGGAGGAUAGGAUACGCUUUCUCCUCAUAC